AUGCUUGCCAAAGAGUUCACCGAAGAUGAACAAUCAAUCCAUCACGAUGUGUACCUAGAAACCGACGACGAGGCUGAUGGUCGUGAAGAUGGUCAAGUGAGAAUGCGAACACCCAUUCUUCAUGGUGAUGGGAUAAUGUAUAAAGACCAAAAAUUCCACAAUGGAAUCUCGUUCAAGGAGUGUGUCACCGACUAUGCACUACUAACAAGUUCCAAUCUGAAGCAAUACAUGUAUGAUAGAGAUGCAAUCGAGUUUAAAUGUAUUGGUGCUAAGGGAAAAUGUGGGUGGCAAGUGUAUGCUGCAUCUCUCGGUGAUGAUCCUUUCUGGAGGAUUACGGUGUACAAGGAUAAACAUAUAUGUAUCCCUAAUGAAGAGUGUGCAAUGUUUUCGGUCCCAGUGAUAGCUAGGAUUUUUCUUGAUAAGAUUAGGGAAGAACCAGAGUAUUACAUGCUUGCCAAGAUGGAAAAGAUUAUAAUGGAGAAGUGGAAGAUAUCAGUUACAAGGCCUCAAUGUCAAGCUGCUAGGAGAAAGGCAUUGGGAUGGAUCUCGUCGGACUAUGAUACUCAGUUUGCACGUCUCCGAGAUUAUGGUGCCGAGAUUAUGGAAUCAAAUCCAGGAUCUGUUGUGGAUAUUGCUACCAUGAAGAAUGAUGCUGGUGAGGAUGUCUUUAACCUGUUUUAUGUCUGUUUUGAUGUUCUUAGAAAAACAUGGAAAGCUAGUUGUAGGCCACUAAUAGGAGUUGAUGGGUAUUUCUUAAAAGAAAAGAUUAAAGGGCAGUUAUUAGCGACAUUAGGCAGAGAUGCAGACAAUACUAUUUAUCCAAUAGCAUGGAGCGUUGUUCAAGUCGAGAACACAGAUAAUUGGCAAUGGUUUGUGAAUAGGUUGAAGAUUGAUCUAGACUAA